ACUAACUUGUAUUGCAGUGCGUAGGAAAGUAAGUUCGAGAUGAGAUAACUUGUAUUGCCUUAACUUAUCUAUAUACGUUUUGGCAGCUAGUGAUUUUUGUUGUUUGAUAAUAUUAAUAAAAUGCUUUUGAGUAUUUGGUAUGAUGCCACAUAAUCACAGUGAGUUGUCUGGUUUAUUCAUGGUAACAGCGAGAACGAUCAGAAGAGUGCUGACAAUAGAGACGCAGCUCUCGGCUGCCGUAAACCCGCUCCAUGGGUUGUGAUGGGGCCGCGGCCUCACAUUGGCUGCCCUUUCCACGGUAUCGUUUCACUCACGGCUCUUUUUUUCCUACUUUUGGCAAGCACCAUUCAUAGUGCAGGUGGUUCCCAUUGUAAGGUAGAACUAUGUUCAGCACAGUAUCAAAGAGCUACACAUUCUCAUAUAGAGUUUAUUCGACCAGGUCCAAGCUAUCAUUACUGUACAGUGCUACGCAGUUAUGCUGACUGUAUCAGAGCAACUGCACGAAGUUGUCGAGGGAAUCUCAAUUACCAUAGUAUUUCAUCUCUUGUAAUGCAGUGGUUCAAUGAUUACAACUGCACAAAUGUCAUUUUAAAUGGCAUGGUCACAGAGCAGCCACCUUUGACACUAAGGCCACAUUCAUCUAUUCCAAAAGCAUGUUCUUUUCGAGGAAGUCAUUCAGGGCCAGUAAGUUUUGCACACUGCGGACUUUUUGGGGAUCCACACCUUAGGACUUUUUAUGAUGAGUUUCAAACCUGUCGAGUUCAAGGAGCUUGGCCUCUUAUCGACAACCCAUAUUUAGCAGUUCAAGUUACAAAUGAGCCAGUACAAGAUGGAUCUAAGGCUACUGCCAUUGGCAAGGUAACUGUGAUCGUGCGAGACCAUAAGCCAUGUACUCGUGAGAAAACUUUUGAAGCUCAAUCCAACAUUCUACCCGGUGUAUUCAUAGAUGGAUCUAAAGGGAAGCCCGAUGAUGGUUCCGUAUUCAUCUGGGAAGUGGAUCCUGGCAGUCACGUAGAAAUUCACAUCGGCCACAUCUCCACUCGGAUUGUAAUUCGUCGAAUUGGAAGAUACCUCACGUUCGCUAUAAAAAUUCCAAAAGAAGUUUCAACCCUUGGUGCUAAUAUAGACACUUUACAACUAUGUGUUAAGGGUUGCCCACGUCGAGAGCGUAUUGACUAUAUGCAGUUUCUGGCUAACCCUAACUAUUGGGUCAGUAAAAUGACCCGUAACUCUCGCCCCGCCAUCCCGUUGCAGCAAGCAGUUGAGCUGUGUAGACAACGUAAAGUUGCUAAUUUUUAUUUUGAUGCAUGUGUUUUUGAUAUCUUGACUACGGGAGAUAGUAGCUUUAGUAAGGCAGCAGAAAGAGCAUUAGAAGAUGCGCCAAUUUUCGGCAGUGGUGAGAACAGAACUUAUUUGUCCCCUGAUAAGGAUCUUUCUGUGCCGGGAACACCAGAAAAUAGCGCCCCGGGGCGGCCGUUCAACUUAUUGUUAACAACAACAUGGUUUUUGGUUUUAACUGUGAAGUGUAUGUUUAAAUGACUUCGUUAAGUGAUGAGGAAAAAAUCCAGUUGUAUAUUGUACAUAUAGGUAAGUAUAAAUAAUAUAUGUCAUAGAAGAUGAAUCUCAGGAACGUGUAGCUACAGUUUCAUUACUUCAUCUGUACAGGUAGCUUAAAGUUUAAUAAAGGAGAAAUUCAGAAUAUAUAUAUAUAUACGUAACUACAUAUAUUCUAAUACACAACAAACAUCAGAUAUUUCAAAAAAAUUGCCUUUUCGUGCAAUUUUUCGGGGUUUAAACAUAGCACUUAGCGGAGGGUGAUAGCACAGGGAGUGAGGAGUAUUAACUCAAAAAAAAAUGUUUGUGCUUGCUGUGGUAAUAAUAAGAGUAAAAACAUUAGUAUAAGGUCCGUAUCUUGCUCAGUUGACGUCGGCUGUUUUAAUGCGCGCGUUAGUCUGCCUGAUAUGAAUUUUGAUCAGUUUUGGAAGGUAAAGUUUUGGCAUUCAUUUAGUAAAGUGAAAUUUAUAUUUAGUGCCAAAAAGGCUGCUUUUAUAUUAUUUUUGAAAUGUCGAGUGGGAUGAGGAUGCUUACUUAUUCUGCGUAGUAUUCUGAUAUAACAACCAGUUACCUCCUAAUAAGAUACGUAAAUUACAUUGAAAAUGUUGGUUGAUAGGUUAUACUUUCCUAUAAAUGUUAUUUUUAUAAAAGAUCAAUUUGCAACAUAAUUUAAAGUAAAACUAUUGGUAUUUUUAAAGCACCGUAAAUAACAAAGCGUAUUUGUUUUUUAAUCUGUUUAGCAAAUGUAAAGGGGUUAUGUAAUGAGUAACAUGCAAAAUACUAAUACAAUUACUUUUAUGUAAUUAGUGAUAAAUAAGUGUUUUAAUUAAAUGGCUAUUAUGUUUUACCAUGCUACCCAGUGUUUCGACUAGAGUAUACACUGGAUAGGAUACAGAAGAUAGUGUUUUUGUCAUAUUAUUACAUUAUUUUCAAUCAUAAAUUCUCAUAAUUUCAAUCUAAUCACAAAAGUAUCAUAGUUUUCAGGUGUACAAUAAAACGCAAAUGAAUUAAUUUUAUUUAAUCGCAGUAAGUUUUUAGUAGUUACAGAACCGAGUAAAAUGCUGCCGUUGUUGUUUUUAGCCCCGUUUGUAGUAAUUCUUGACAUUUUUGUAAAGUUACGUACGACCCCUUAGUGAGCUAGCUCGCUCAUCCCAUGUCAAGGUUUUUCAAAAUAAGCGAACACCUCUCCCUCUUAUUUCUGAGCUUCCCUGUGUGUUUCCGCUGUCCCGCUACUGAACGGUGAAGUCUGCUAAAUUCUCUCAAACCCGGCUUUUUUUUUCUUUGUUAAGUUAAGCUUAAGUGGCGUCUUUCACUGACAUUCAUCAUCCAUCAAUCUAGAUAUCGAAGAAAUUUCCAUUUAAAAGCAGUUCUUUUUCCUUCGUUUAAUAUUUUUCACAUCAAAUUUGUGUUAAUUAAUUUUGCAUAACUUAAAGUAGUUUUCAUUUAGAUACUUCAAAAUUAAACAUCGUUUCUCAGUAUCGAGACGUUGUUGGUCUUGGGUUAUGAACAGGUGUGUAUUAUAAACGCGUGCAAGUCGUCUGUAACCAAACUUGCCAUGAUUAAAACAGCUUGCUGUUUUUACAUCCUUAAAAACGUUUAUCCACUGCUAGAGUACCUUUGUAACUUUAGUGGGACUUUAAAACCCCUUUCCGUUCCCCUUUGAAACAUUAGAUUAGAGCCCUCACAGCUGGGACCCGUUUGUAUGGAGGGCGGCAAAGCCUGAAGGAGACGCCGCAUGGCGGCGCAUGAAUCAUGGCUGACAUGGGUCAUGCCCUAGCAAAAAUGCCAGCAUACAAUCUAUAUGCGACUAACGCUGCACAAACAGGGUACCGUGUAGUGAACUUGCUUGCCUUCCCGCUAGCGCUAGAAGAGUUCAUUCGUAUAGUAGGGGUGUUAUUAUGCAUGAAAUGGGAUAACUUUUUACAUACUUUUUUUUUACGCCUAUCGUUAGAUUAACAAAAAUAUAUAUUCAAGAGUUAUCUACUGACGUUACAGUAAAUUUGAAAACGCGAUAAAGAGCAGGAAGUUGUAUGUUUAUAAGUAUCAAAUAAAUGUUAACUAUUAAAGUUCUUCGUGAAUAUGUUGAAAACGUCACUUUACCGUAUAAUAACAUAUAUCAGUAACGAGACUUCCAAACAAUGCUCAAUGUGAAUUUAAAGCGUUAGAUGUUGUUAUACCCGAAGAUAAGUUAAUGAGAUCUUGCUUUUGUGUGUAUAGUCAAUGAUGAACGGCUAACUUAUGUCGGUGUAAAUUUGGUGUUCGGUAAUUUUUCUUAUCUCAACUUGUCGCCCGAAAACAGGGAAAUAGACGACUACCUCACGUGUAGUCAGCCUAGGCUGUUACUGUGCCAUUAGAAUCGUAGAAGUCAACUUUAGGUACCUGCACCAACUGCGUAACUUAUAUAUUUUUGUUGUUCGUUUUUCAUGUCUGAGCUUUGAGUUCUCAACCGAUUUUAGGAAAUUUUGGCUACCAGUGCCGAAAGUUAAACAUGUAUAUAAUUAUUGUCUUAAUAAUAAUAAAAGCAGUUAUUGAGAA